AUGUUUGCAACUUUGCGUACAAAUACAUCGGAUGGAGAUGUGAUUACAACUGAUUCUUCUAAUCCCCCUGCUUCUACAUGUGUAACAAGUGCUGUGCCAAGUUCGAUGAUAGCAGGUGGUAUGGGUGAAGAAGAUAGCUAUUUGACGUGGCAUUUAAUGGGGGAAUAUACUGGUCCAGUCGAAUCUGUUUUACCACGUGAAUUCAGACAACGACUUCAUAAGCAUUUUGCAAGAAUCGAGCGUGAAUUUGAACGAGAAUAUAGGAGGUUAUAUAGUGAAAACUUGGCAUUACAAGAACGUUUGGAAAAAUUUGAGGACGGUGAUCAUUCAGAAACGAUAACGUUAGUGAAAAAAUUGGGUGCAAGCAUGCUAUCACAACGUAUCAAGCAACAAUACAAACAAUCCACAUCUCGUUUGGUUUCAAGUCUUCGUCAAUCCGCCAGUCAUUCUUCUAGUAAUAUAGGUCAAGGAUAUACACAUUCGGUUUCACAGCCUGGGUUAUCGGUCUCACCGUCUGUUGGUGUGACUUCAAACAAUCUUUCCGCAGGAGUCAAUACCUCUCUGAAUUACUCUGGAAAUAUAACUUUUCCGAGUACUAAUACAACUGGACAUGGAGCAGCUGUUUUCUCUGGUACUUUUUCUGGACAUAAUGGUAGUUUUCAGUUAAUGAGCCGAGUGGCUGGACACCGAGACGGAAUUUGGGAAGUUACAUCAUUCAAAAGAUUCAUUGCUACAGCGUCAGCUGACAACACUGCUAAGCUAUGGAUUAACGAUGCUCAAUUAAAUUGUUUACUAGUGUAUGUUGGUCAUUCAGGUUCAGUAAACUCUGUACGAUUUCGAAAUAAGGAUAAUUUAAUGUUAACGUCUAGUGGUGAUGGAGCAGCUCAUCUGAUUCGUUUACCAUUCGAUCUUAUUGCUAAAGCAGCGUCUUCACUUACUGCUGGCAGCUCGUCUGGAGCUACACUAGAUGCUGUUGCAUCUGCUCUUGCUGCAGAAGUUGCUGGGACAAGUACUAUGGGUUUAGGCAUCAACGCUACUUCAGGAGCCAUCAUUAAAUCUGGACUGGAAUCGGGAAACUUAAACGAUUUAAAUGACAUUGGGAAUUUACCAUUUGGUCCCAUGGAUGAAGGUUCUCCAGUUCGUAUAGCAUCUGUCCCACCGAUUACUGUUCGUCAUCCUCAUGCCAUAUUUCAGUCUGCAAAUUUGUACCUUUCCUCGUGUGGUGCAGUAUGGAAUUCGGUUGGGGCAUCAGGUUGCAGUGCUAUUGAUUCGUCUCCUUUGUCUGCUGCUGAUUUUGUGUGCGGACGGGAACAGCUAGUGACUGCGUCGUGGGAUCGUUUGGGUAGGACAUAUGAUCUUGCAACUGGACAAGAGCUAGAAUCACUUACUGGACAUGAUGAUUACUUAACAGAUGUACGUUGUGAACCAGGUGGAUCUCCAGUUGUUGUCACAUCUUCAAGAGAUUGCACGUUUCGAUUAUGGGAUUUUCGUCAACCAGGAAUGCGCGUUCAUGUACAGCAGGCCCACAGUCAGACUGUUUCAACCACUCAGUUUUUGACACCUGGUUCACCUGAGCGUCUUAUCAGUGCUGGCGCUGACAGAUUCUGUCGCCUUUGGGACUUAAGACAAAGUCGUGGUCCAGUUGUUAGUAUCAGAACUGAUGCAGCAAUUAACCGGCUAGCUUUAUCUGGCUACGGGUCAAAUGUACCAUGUCAGCCAGCAGAAUCAAAUAACCCCAUUUCACCUGGAAUAGUGGCAUCUGCAACCGAAGCACAGUAUCCUCCGUCCACUUCAUCUCACGCUCCUCAACAUGGUUCUGCAUUAUCCACUUCAUUUUCUAACUCUUGGACUUCCAGUUACCCUAAGUACAUCGCAUUACCGCUUGUUAAUCGAGGAAUAAAGUUGUUUGAUGUUAAUGGCAACCGGAUUGGCCGGUUAACUAGAUCAUCACAUGGUCAUUCCCGUAUGGUGACCUGUGUUUCUUGGGCAAAUGAAGGUGUUCACAACUUCUUUUCAACUGGUUUUGAUGGUCUCUUACUGGCAUGGCAAAUUCAUAUUGCAAAUAUUUAG